AUGGAUACACUACUGAUGAUAUUGAAUUUUACUGGAAUGGAGGAGAGUCGGCAGUAACGGGAGUUAAUAACAUCGAACUCCCACAAUUUUCUAUUGUUGAUUACAAGAUGGUAUCAAAGAGAGUGGAAUUUACAACAGGAGCAUAUCCUCGAUUAUCACUUAGCUUCCGGCUUAAAAGAAAUAUUGGAUACUUCAUUUUGCAAACCUAUAUGCCUUCCACGCUGAUCACAAUUCUGUCAUGGGUAUCUUUUUGGAUCAAUUAUGAUGCCUCUGCAGCCAGAGUUGCUCUAGGAAUCACAACUGUGCUGACCAUGACCACCAUCAGCACCCACCUCAGGGAGACCUUGCCAAAGAUUCCCUACGUCAAGGCAAUAGAUAUUUACCUGAUGGGAUGCUUUGUGUUUGUGUUCCUGGCCUUGCUGGAAUAUGCCUUUGUAAACUACAUAUUCUUUGGCAAAGGACCCCAACGUCAAAAAAAGGCAGCAGGCAGGGCAGGACACACUACAGGCGAGAAGAGCAGACUGGAAACAAAUAGAGUCCAGGUUGAUCCCCAUGGAAACAUGCUGCUUAGCCCACUUGAAAUACGAAAUGACGUCAGCAGCUCAGAUGUGUUUACGAGUCUCCGUGACCCCCGAGCCACCACAUACACGUACGACAGUGCCAACCUGCAGUACAGAAGAGCCACUUCCAGCAGAGACCUCUACAGUAGGAGUGCUUUGGACAGGCACAGGCUUCAUAAAAAAGGACGCUUACGAAGAAGGGCAUCCCAGAUCAAAGUCAAAAUCCCUGAUUUGACUGAUGUUAACUCGAUAGACAAGUGGUCCAGAAUGGUCUUUCCCAUCACGUUUAUUCUUUUCAAUGUUGUUUACUGGCUGUAUUAUGUCCACUAA